AUGGCAUACUUUGGGAGAGUGCCUUUCUCACACAAUGAAUUUGGUGAAGGACAAGCUGGGGACCAAGCAUUGUACCCAAUGUACCAUUCUGGUUCUGCUGGAGAGGUCUGUUUAGGAUUUGAUCGAAUAGUUGAUGAAGUCAACAAUGAAUUUUUUUUUUAUGGUUCAUCACUUUCACAUCAUCGUGAAGAAAUUUAUUUCCCAUCAGACAUCUUUGGUCUGAAUGUGCCUGAGCAGCAGUUUUGUGGUCAGCCUCCAGUUGCUUAUGGCGAACUUUACCCUGGAAAUCCUGUCUCUCCCUGGCAACAAGGCACAGUGUCACCAACACUUGGCUUCAGACCUUCUUUGCUGUCUGAUUACAGAAACUUCUCUCUGGUGGAUCCUUACCCCUACAGUCAAGAGAGAGAACUCUAUGGAGGGAAUAGUAUAACUCCGGUCACAAAUGUGUUUGAUUCAAAUGUGGAAAGAGGCAAAACAAAUCUGAGUUUUCAGAUAGGUUUUGACAGUGGAGAUGCUCAGUGUCCCAUUUUCUUAGACAACUAUCCAUUUGGACGAGAAGUGAGUGAUGAAAGUGGAAAUGGGGAAGCUUGUUUAACCAACACUUCCAGAAGAUGCAACAUAGGACCUACUUGGCCCAGCAGCUCUGAACAUGACAGAGAGGCUACAGGUUGGUCUAUCCAGCUGGUUGAAGCAAAUCAAGGAAGUAAUGAAAACACAGUUGCUUUUUGCAAUGCAGUGGAGAAAAUAAGAAAAGCCUAUCCUGCUUUUGACUUGAAGACAAACACCGGGAAAAUCUGGAGUGUCACAACAAGGUACCCAGACCAUAUCCUUGGUGAAUCAAAAUUCAGAGUCAGUGUUUGGACAGAUUCUUCACUAUAUCCUCUGCUUAUUACACAGCAUGCUGGCUGUAUCACUCAUGACUUAAUUGUAGAGAUCCUCCGUUGCACAAAUCGAUACCCAGUCCAGGAGGAAUGCCUUCUAAGUGUUUGCGGGUCUGAUGAAUUCUUACAAAAUAAUCAUACUUUGGGCAGCCAUGAAAGUCUUCGCAAGGCAACCACCUGCAUUCAGCUUCGACUACACAACACUAAUAAUUUGAAGCAAAGUUUGGCUCGAACGCAUGAGGAUGACCAAAGACAGUUCAGUGUGAAUCAGCUGUUAGAAGACAGUUGUGCCUGGAGACUGACUCGAUGGAACCUUGUCUCGGUUAUUAUGAAAUAUAGAGGUCAAGUGGAAUAUCUAUUGCAAAAUGAGCAUAAGGUUGAUAAUGUGAUUGAAGUAGCUAAAGCAAUCUGCAGUGUCCUCUGUUUUGUGGAAACCAGAGACAUUACUGAUGCAGUCAAGAAACUCCGUGCAGUGCCAUUGGCAAAAGCACAGAUUUCACUUCAAAGUGCGGAAACACCAAACAAAGUUAAAAUUGGCUUAGACUCAUUGGCUAGUGCCCAGUACUGUUGGCAUUACUGCAGAGCACCUCGCAGGCUGCGAGAUGUACAGAGUCUGUUCUGUCGUGGGUGCCUGUGUCGGGUUCCCGGAGGGGACAGCCACACUGGGGCAUGGCUCCUGCUCAACUCCUCUGUGGCUGGCCAGCGACAUGCAGCUGGGGCUGCUACGCGGAUGCUUUCAAAAGGCCCUCCAUCUGAACGCUGGGUGUUAAUAGAGGCUGCUGUGACUGAGCUCUCCAUGGCCAUUUCUUGUCUCAUCCAUGUUUACAGCAGCAGCUUUGAUGCAAAUUUCCAGCUUGCCAGCAUACCUAAAAGCCCUUCAUGUGUGGACAUCAGCCUAGAUUCCCAGCUCAGCUUCACUGUUUAUGCUGCCCAUAACAUCCCAGAAGCCUGGGUGAACAGCUACAAAGUUUUCUCUUUUUCCUGUUCACUAACUUAUGCUGGGAAGACAAUAUGUCAAGUGAAGGUUUGCAAAAAUAUACCAGUUAGAAGAUCCUUCUUUUUCCUGACUGACUGGAAUGAGAAAAUCAACUUUCCUCUACGAAUAAAGGCUCUUCCGAGGGAAACCAUGCUGACAGUAAAACUACUUGGAGUAAACAGUGCCUCUAAAAAUACAGAAGUGCUUGCUUGGACAUGCUCCCCAUUGUAUCCAAAAGAGCGGCUCGUUCAUGGAACUGUGCUGCUUAGCAUGACAUUGUGCAGUACGCUUACAACAACAAUGAUUACCCCAGGCAUCUGCAGUACUGAUACACCAACCUCAGUAAUAUUACAGAUUGACUUUCCAGAAACUAGUUUGGAGUUCAUUAAACCUGAACCUGAAGAAAGAAGAGGUGAUCUUGAAGAGCCAACCAAAGACUGCCUGAAGCACAUUGCAAGACUUUCGCAGAUAAAUUCUCUCUUGUUACUCUCAGAGCAACAGAGAAGGACCUUAUGGUUUUAUCGUUACUACUGCAAUAAUCAAAAUUGCUCCCUUCCUCUGGUACUGGGCAGUGCACCCAGUUGGGAUCGAACAACUGUAUCAGAAAUGUAUGCUGUAUUGAGGAGAUGGACAUUUUCUAACCCCCUGGAGGCACUUGGGCUUCUGACUUUCAGUUUUCCAGAUCAAGAUAUUCGCAAGACAGCAGUCCAACAAAUAGAAAAUAUGUCAAAUGAUGAAUUGUUAGAAUACCUCCCACAGCUGGUUCAGGUGCUCAAGUUUGAGUGGAGUCUUGAAAGCCCUCUAGUGAAACUCCUGCUGAAUCGUUCUCUUCAGAGCAUCCAGGUAGCCCACCAACUUUACUGGCUGUUGAAGAAUGCACAGAAUGAAGUUCAUUUCAGAAUCUGGUAUCAGAAACUACUGGCUGCUCUCCAAUUCUGUGCUGGAAAAACCCUGAACAAUGAGUUUUCUAAGGAAGGGAAACUUAUCAGAAUUCUGGAAGACAUGGCCAAGAAAGUAAAAGCUGCCAGUGACCCAAAAAGAAAGGAGGUGUUAAAGGGGGAACUCAACAGACUUCAGCAGUUCUUCCAGGAGGUAAAGGUUUGCCGGCUUCCCCUGAAUCCUGCGCUUGUGGUCCAAGGCAUAGAGGCAGACUCAUGUUCAUAUUUUACGUCCAAUGCUUUUCCAUUAAAAAUCUCCUUCAUCAAUGCAAAUGGUCCUGGUGGAAACAUCAAUGUUAUUUUUAAGAUAGGCGAUGAUCUACGUCAAGAUAUGCUGGUUCUGCAAAUUAUUCGAGUGAUGGACAGUAUUUGGCUCCAAGAGGGAAUGGAUAUGCAAAUGAUAAUUUAUAGGUGUUUAUCUACAGGAAAAGGCCAAGGAUUGGUACAGAUGGUGCCAGAUGCUAUCACACUAGCGAAGAUCCACAGGGAGUCUGGACUGAUAGGACCAUUGAAAGAAAACACAAUUAAAAAAUGGUUCCGUCAUCACCAUCCUCUGGAAUCAAGUUACCAAGAGGCAGUAAGGAAUUUCUUUUAUUCCUGCGCUGGUUGGUGUGUUGUUACCUUCAUUCUGGGAGUCUGUGAUCGACACAGUGACAACAUAAUGCUGACAAAUGCUGGACGCAUGUUCCACAUAGAUUUUGGAAGAUUUUUAGGUCACGCACAGACAUUUGGAAGCAUAAGAAGGGACCGAGCUCCCUUCAUCUUCACAUCAGAGAUGGAGUAUUUCAUCACAGAAGGUGGAAAAAACCCACAGCGUUUUCAAGAGUUUGUGGAGCUUUGUUGUCGAGCUUAUAACAUAGUCAGAAGACACAGCCAGUUACUCUUGAACCUGCUGGAGAUGAUGCUGCAUGCAGGGUUGCCCGAGCUAAACAGCAUCCAGGAUCUGAAGUAUGUGUAUGAUAACCUCCGUCCUCAGGACUCAGACCUACAGGCUACAAGCUACUUUACAAGGAAAAUCAAGGAAAGUUUGGAGUGCUUUCCUGUUAAACUCAAUAACUUGAUCCACACACUUGUACAGAUGUCAGUGACAGGCUCUGCAAAACCUCCAGCUCCAGAGACGAUCCCCCAAGAAUGGAUGAUGCUGGAUGCAGAGAAGUCAAUCGCAAGAGCCACCAUUUUGGGGUUCAACAAAAAGUCUGUCUCCCUAUAUCUAGUCCAGGUGGUGCAAACCUGCAAUGUGGUCACUUUUGUGGAAAAAUCAUUCGACCAGUUCUCAGAACUUCACAGCCAUCUCCAGAAGCAAUUUCCAUCACAUGUCCUCCCAGAGUUUCCCCCCUCAUGGCAUUUACCUUUUACAGAUCUUGAACAUAAAAGAGUGAAGGAUUUGAAUCUCUAUCUGAAGCAGCUAUUAAGUGGAUCCAGGAAACUGGCUAAUAAUGAGCUUGUACUCAGCUUCUUCCUGAAUUGGUCCAAAAAUACCCUGGCAGAAGAUUCAUCAUCCGUGACCUUAGGUCCUCAGUCAACUGAUCAUAAGCCUGGAGUACAAUUACUCAUAUCCUACGAGAGCACUCGUCUGACCAUAAUGUUGAAACACAUGAAGAACAUUUGCCUCCCAGAUGGCUCUGCCCCAAGUGCACAUGCUGAAUUUUAUCUUCUGCCGGAUCCUUAUGAGGUCAGUCGAAGAAAAACAAGAACAGCUCCAAAAACCUCUGACCCUACUUACAAUGAAAUUGUUGUGUAUGACAAAGUCACAGAGCUCAAAGGCCGUAUACUGAAGCUUGUUGUGAAAAGCAAAGGAACAUUUGUGGGAGCUGUUAACAUUCAACUGAGCAGUGUCCAGUUAAAUGAAGAAAAGUGGUAUCCACUGGGAAACAGUGUAAUUUAA